AGGUGUAAUCUCUGACCUUGGGGAACUAACCAAUUGGUUGAAAGUUCAACGAUGAUAGGCACAAAAUAAUCAGAAAAAAAAAUAUGAGCAUGCAGUAAUUGUGUGGUAUGCAAAUUAUAGGUAUGAUAGAAUUCAGAAAAGUCAGGGAUCAACAGAGAAAAGCUUCUGAAUUAGAGUGAGUAAGGAAUUUGAAUAAUGCCGGGGGUAUAGUAGAUGUUCAUAUUUCAUAGUAAUUUCAAAGGGAAGAAGAGAAGGAAGUGUAUUGUAAGUGAAGGUAAGAAGGAAGAAGGAAGAAGGAAAAUGAACAUGCUUUGCAUGUCUGUUGGAAUGCCAAACCGAAUCUGGGCUUGACUGGGUAACCAAUAUGAAGCCGUUCUAGUUUUUUGAGCAGUAGAGCAACACGUUGUAGAAAAGACGAUCUACAAAGGGUUAGUGGACUAAAUCAUAUUGAAGAGAGAAAAACUGGGAGGAAGUUGGAGCCAGUGAGUCUGUGGUGAUGAACAUCUGGACUUGGUUAUUGGCAGUGAGAGUGGAAGCAAUGAGUGAUUCUGGAUGAUGUUGAAAUAAAAUCACGAGCUGGAGAAAUUGUGGCUGGUAUGGAAUUGAUGGCAAUAAACAGAAUAAAUACAAAAGUACAGCACAGUUGGUGAUAGAAACAAAUUACAAGUAAUUUCUUUACAUUACCUUCUUUUUGCUUUCAUUCUGACUCAUGCCUCUGCUUGGUCGUCACCUAGUGCCACAUGUGGGUCAUAUUCCCGGCACACAGAGGAACAAUUCUACUGCACCCAAGAACUGGCUCCCGGGCUCCAGUUGAUUUCUAAUCCACCCACACUGAUCGCUGAGCUGUGAGGCUUUGGUUCUCAAGAAGGAUGGUUACUUCCUGCAUCCAUUCUCACUCCACCAAUGGGCGCAAACUGGUUAUACAACCCAGGUGCUAUCUUGGCCUCUCAAGAACUAAAUAAGAAAACUUUUCUAGCCUGUACAUUCAAGUUAGAAGAUUGGAUAAAAUCUCACACAAGUCACUCUUCAGAAUGUGAAGUCUUGGAAAUAACACACUAAAAAGUACUUGUGGACUCUGGGGCUUUGGCAGGCUGGGACAGAACUUCUGAGAACAUGCUCUGUGAAUUUUCCAAAGGAGGCAAUCAAUCUGAGAGGACACACACGGGAGCUGUUCAUUUGGAACCUAGCUGGUGGCUUCUAUCUCGGAUUUGAGGAUCUCACAAUCAAUAGAUAUGUCUGCAAGUAUAGAGCAUAACCUGGAUAUUACUCUUAAUCAUUGCUUCAGUUUGUAAAGAGCUGGUCCCAUCAACUGCCAAAGAGGGAGGCUCAUCUAGAAUCCGGGUGGCUACAUCUGUCUGCCAAAAUCUUUUGAAAUUUGGCCCGGUAUUCAAAAGUCCGUGGAAAGAAAAAAACCUUGUCCCAGCUUCAGUUUCCAACUCUGAAGACAGACUUGCUUCUUUCAACGGUUUUCACAGAUCCGGUGACCUACGUUCUGAAGUCAGAAUUAGCUAACUUUCAAAAACAUCUGGAAAAAUGAAGACGUGGUUAAAAAUUGUAUUUGGAGUUGCCACUUCUGCUGUGCUUGCUUUAUUGGUGAUGUGCAUUGUCUUACGUCCUUCAAGAGUUCAUGACUCUGAAGGAAGUACAACAAAAACACUCACACUGAAGGAUAUUUUAAAUGGGACGUUUACCUAUAAAACAUUUUUCCCGAACUGGAUUUCAGGACAAGAAUAUCUUCAUCAGUCUACAGAUAAUGAUAUAGUAUAUUACAAUAUUGAAACAGGAGAAUCAUAUACCAUUUUGAGUAAUGCCACCAUGAAAAGUGUGAAUGCUUCAAAUUAUGGCUUAUCACCUGAUCGGCAAUUUGCAUAUCUAGAAAGUGAUUAUUCAAAGCUUUGGAGAUACUCCUACACGGCAACAUAUCACAUCUACAACCUCAAUAAUGGAGAGUUUAUAAGAAGAAAUGAGCUUCCUCGUCCAAUUCAGUAUUUAUGCUGGUCGCCUGUUGGGAGUAAAUUAGCAUAUGUCUAUCAAAACAAUGUCUAUUUGAAACAAAGACCAGAAGACCCACCUUUUCAAAUAACAUAUAAUGGAAAAGAAAAUAAAAUAUUCAAUGGAAUCCCAGACUGGGUGUAUGAAGAGGAAAUGCUUGCUACAAAAUAUGCUCUCUGGUGGUCUCCUAAUGGAAAAUUUUUGGCAUAUGCAGAAUUUAAUGAUACAGAGAUACCAGUUAUUGCAUAUUCCUAUUAUGGUGAUGAACAAUAUCCUAGAACAAUAAAUAUUCCAUACCCAAAGGCUGGAGCUAAGAAUCCGGUUGUUCGGUUAUUUAUUAUCGAUACCACUUCUCCUGAGCAUGUAGGUCCCAGAGAAGUACCAGUACCAGCAAUGAUAGCAUCAAGUGAUUAUUAUUUCAGUUGGCUCACAUGGGUUACUGAUGAACGAAUAUGUUUGCAGUGGCUAAAAAGAAUCCAGAACGUUUCAGUUCUGUCUAUAUGUGAUUUUAGGGAAGGCUGGCAGACAUGGGAUUGUCCAAAGACCCAGGAGCAUAUAGAAGAAAGCAGAACUGGAUGGGCUGGUGGAUUCUUUGUUUCAACACCAGUUUUCAGCUAUGAUGCCAUUUCAUACUACAAAAUAUUUAGCGACAAGGAUGGCUAUAAACAUAUUCACUAUAUCAAAGACACUGUGGAAAAUGCUAUUCAAAUUACAAGUGGCAAGUGGGAGGCCAUAAAUAUAUUCAGAGUAACACAGGAUUCACUGUUUUAUUCUAGCAAUGAAUUUGAAGGCUACCCUGGAAGAAGAAAUAUCUAUAGAAUUAGCAUUGGAAGCUAUCCUCCAAGCAAAAAGUGCAUUACUUGCCAUCUAAGGAAAGAAAGGUGCCAAUAUUACACAGCAAGUUUCAGUGACUACGCCAAGUACUAUGCGCUUGUCUGCUAUGGCCCAGGCCUCCCCAUUUCUACCCUUCAUGACGGCCACACCGAUCAAGAAAUUAAAAUCCUGGAAGAAAACAAAGAAUUGGAAAAUGCCUUGAAAAAUAUCCAGCUGCCUAAAGAGGAAAUUAAGAAACUUGAAGUGGAUGACAUUACUUUAUGGUACAAGAUGAUUCUUCCUCCUCAAUUUGACAGAUCAAAGAAGUAUCCCUUGCUAAUUCAAGUGUAUGGUGGUCCUUGCAGUCAGAGCGUAAGGUCUGUAUUCGCUAUUAGUUGGAUUUCUUAUCUUGCAAGUAAGGAGGGGAUAGUCAUUGCCUUGGUGGAUGGCCGAGGAACAGCCUUCCAAGGUGACAGACUCCUGUAUGCAGUAUAUCGAAAGCUGGGUGUUUAUGAAGUUGAGGACCAGAUCACAGCUGUCAGAAAAUUCAUAGAAAUGGGUUUCAUUGAUGAAAAAAGAAUAGCCAUAUGGGGCUGGUCCUACGGAGGCUAUGUUUCAUCCCUGGCCCUUGCUUCAGGAACCGGUCUUUUCAAAUGUGGGAUAGCAGUGGCUCCUGUCUCCAGCUGGGAAUAUUACGCAUCUAUCUACACAGAGCGCUUCAUGGGCCUCCCAACAAAGAACGAUAACCUCAAGCACUAUAAAAAUUCAACUGUGAUGGCAAGAGCAGAAUAUUUCAGAAAUGUAGACUAUCUUCUCAUCCACGGAACAGCAGAUGAUAAUGUGCACUUUCAAAACUCAGCACAGAUUGCUAAAGCUCUGGUUAAUGCACAAGUGGAUUUCCAGGCAAUGUGGUACUCGGACCAGAACCAUGGCAUAUCCGGCCUGUCCACGAAGCACCUGUACACCCACAUGACCCACUUCCUAAAGCAGUGUUUUUCUUUGUCCGACUAAAAAGGACGCAGACGCAAGCUUGUAUCACAGUGGGAACACUUCGUAUAAAUGCCUCAGACCAUUUGCUUGUUUUACUCUUUAUGCUGUUAAAUGCUGGUACAAACAAACAAAUGAAUGAUGUUCUAAAGGCUGGCGGAAGAUUGACUCAGAAGUUCAACCCAAAUAUUGUUUACAUUUUCUGUCACUCUCUGAAAGAAAAGGGAACCGUGCCUUUUGCUUUGGACACAGACAGUGUUUUAUUACCUGUUCAUUUGAGGAAAAUAAUAAAAUCAGAAGUUAAAGUG